AUUAAGUACGAUUUGUUGCGUUGAAAAAUACUCGACACAAUUCGUAGUUCAUACGCUCCCAAUUUUCUCUCUCUGGCAACAGAAAUUAACAUGCCAACCCUCACCAAUUUCUACGCCAUUGAAGAGUUAUCUCAGCACAACACCAAAGACGAUUGCUGGAUCCUCGUUGAUGGAAAGGUAUAUGAUGUGACACAAUAUUUGGAUGAUCAUCCUGGUGGAGAUGAUGUAAUCCUUGCCACAACCGGGAAAGAUGCAACAGAAGAAUUUGAAGAUGUUGGCCACAGCAAAAGUGCAAGAGAACUCAUGGAGCAGUAUUGUAUUGGUGAGCUUGACACAUCACCUCCAAUUUCCACCAAGCAAAGUUAUUCUGAAAAGUUGAUGCAGCUGACAAAGCAAUACUGGGUUGUUCCGGUAACCGUUGUUGGUAUCUCAGUGGUAGUUGGUUUCCUAUACUUACGUAAGAAGUAGCAUUACACAAGUCUGCAGUUCAAUUUUUGUCAUUGUUGCAACCGGAAUGCAUCAUUGCAACAAAUUUUGAAUCAAUUUGAAGGAUAGAUGUUAUAAGAAAACUAGAUUAUUUUAAAAUAGUAAUUGAUGAUAUGCAUAAUAUUACAUUGAAAGAUUGAUCAAAGAAUAGAUGAUGAAACAUGUUUCUUUCAGUUUUAUUGAUUAAUUUGGAGGUUUAUUUUCUUACAAAA